AUGAGUUUCCAGUAUCGAACAAUGCAACUGGGAGUGGGCGUUGUCCGUGUUGAAAUAAAAACUGGGACGGGAUCUUCGCCCAGUUGGCGCUUUCUCAGCGCGCUGACCUGCGGUCGAGGCUUGGAGCCGAGCUCUAGGAGAGGGCGGAGGCCCCGAGCGGAGAUUUCUAUUAUAGAUCAAUGCAGAAUGGAUCAAACCGGAAAGAAGCCUCUCUGGCUAGAAACAGUCUUCAUUGGAAGAAAUAACAUCCCUAAAGGAGGAACGUGUAAAUCAGGAAUUGAGCCAGGAAAGAGCCUGGGAGAGCCACUGAUCAUCCCCAAGUGA